CGUGCGCGAUCGUCUCGGUCGGUCUCUCCCGCUUCAGUCACCAGUGCGCAACGCCAAGAGAUACAAGUGUUCAGCGCCUCGGAGCGCUACUUUUAUUUUUGCGUUAUUUUUUUUAUGCAACACUGGGCCUAACAAAGAAAACCUGUUUUUAAAACUCAUGUUUUAUUCCCCUGUGAAUAAUAAAGAUCGAAGCGUCGUUUAUUUUGUGUUUUUUAACAUCGUUUCGCUCUCUACCUAGUUUGGUUCCUGUGUGUUGGGUAAUAUUCUGUGCCAGUUACUAGUGGUUGUGCUUGUGAUAGAAUCGGACGAUUUCAACGCGAACGUGUUCCAAUUUGGGAUUUCACCACGAGCGGGUUAAAGGAAGUUUAUAGUCAAGUGGACAGCGGCGGAGGUGGCUCGGCUGAAGUAAUGGUGUACUCUCUUGGCUGGGGCAUGGGUGAGCCGGAGCGGCGCGGCGCAGACAGGAAGCGCGCGCAGCCGCCCGCGCAGCACAACGCGUUGUCGCCAGACGACGGCCACGAAGUCGAUGUUCUGCCGUUGCACAAUCAGGUGGGCGGCCACACCAGGUUACUCGUGCUAAAUGACAGCACAGUAAUAAAACCCCUGAAUAUUCGUGAACUGCAUUUUUACCAGAACAUUCCUGAAGAUAUACAGAACUUCGUUCCCAGAUAUAAAGGCGUGAUGCAGGCAUCUAACACGGGUAGCACGAAAUUGGACAAGCGGUACUCGCCAUGUUUUCGCGAGGAGAACGGGCGAAAGCAGUCCCUGGGCGGCAAGCGGCGGCGUGACGACGUGUUCAAAUUUAAAGUGCAUCGAAAUGGCAAUGCGAGCGAAGUGCUCAAGAGCAUUGCACACAUGGACAACUCGAAUAAACAAUAUUUCCUGAUGAUGGAGAACAUUACCUCUUCGUACCGUCGGCCGUGCGUGCUAGAUCUGAAGAUGGGCACGCGGCAGCACGGCGACGACGCCUCAGCGGAGAAGAGAAGCAAGCAGAUCGCCAAGUGUGCUGCCAGUACCUCGGCCACAUUGGGGGUCAGGCUCUGUGGCAUGCAGAUAUACGUGCCGGAGACGGGCGCGUGCGUGCGCCGCGACAAGUACUGGGGGCGCGCGCUGUCGGAGGCGGGGCUGCGCGACGCGCUGCGCGAGUUCUUCGCGGGCGGCGGCGGGCUGCGCGUGCGCGCGGUGCGCCGCGUGCUGCGCGACCUGGACGGGCUGCGGCGCGCCAUCGCCAAGCAGACCAACUACAGAUUCUAUUCUUGUUCAUUACUUAUAGUGUACGAAGGCGACACGAGCUCCCCGCCGGCGAGCAGCGGCCAGGAGUACGACGGCGACGCGUCCAGCAGCUCCGCCGACCUCGCGGCCGACGCCGAGCACUUCGACAUGUCCACGCUGCACCACGAGAUCGAGCGCCGCCCCGCCUUCCAGCCGCACUCGGAGGAGACCAUGGGCGGCUACGAGGACGGCGAGCUGGCCGGCGGCAGCCCGCGCCCGCAGCCGCCCAGCCCCGACUCCGCCGACAGCUGGAUGGCGUACUCCUCCGCCAGCAGCGAGUCCUGGCGCGAGCGGCCCGCCGAGGCCGAGCGCGUGGACAUCCGCAUGAUCGACUUCGCGCACACGGCGUUCGCGGGCGCCGCGGCCGAGUCGCCGCUGGCCACCGCCACGCCGCACCACGGGCCCGACUGCGGCUUCCUCACCGGCAUCGACAGCCUCAAGCGGCUGCUCACCGAGAUCCUCCCGCCGCAGCCCUACAGUUAAUGACCGCCGCCAGCACUCGACGAAUCGCAUUCGAAAUUUGAGCGCGAGCUCGCAAAUCUCCGCCGCGCGGCGGCGCCUCUUUCCCACCAAAAAUUGUACGGUUGUAGAUCGGUUUUUGAAUCGCCGCCCCGCGGCUCGUCGGUGUGGUGCGCCGCUCGGAGACAGCGUCCGGCUGCCGUGUGAUUACAUAGAGAGGGGCGUACACGAUUCGUACCGCCUUUCGAUUAGAGGACGCGAUCUUUUUAUGUAACCCCACGGUAAUAUCGCACUUAGUGAAUGUUGGCGUUACAAACUACGUUAAUUUAAUGUUAAAAUUAUUAUAAUUUAAAGUGGGACCCAGUAGGUAUUCUUAAAACGUGUAUUUUUAAGUAUUACUAUUAAGUUAUUCCAGAUGGACGUGCUUUUGAUUUAAUCCUCGCUUUUUUGUUUUGGUCUGCACGAAAAUGGUUGUUUUGUAAUUUUUACUUUAAAUUAGUAGACAUUCCCCUCAUUGAAUUGUAAAUGUUGUUUAGGUCUUUAUUCUAAAUAUGUUACUAUUGGAGUUCGGUUUGCAUUUAGUUCCCACAUUUUAGUUCAAAAUAUUAAACGAUGUAAACCACAAAGGUACUAAUUGACCCCAGUCAGUGAAGCCAAAGUAAAUUUAGUGUAGAUCAUUGUGUGUCCAAUUGCAACAAUAUCACAAAUAUUCUCUCAAUGUGUAGAAGAUAGGCUUGUAGGUAUAUUAUUGACAUCCAAACUGGUGUUUGUGAACAAACUAUUCAAUGUGUUUUUUUGACUGAAUCGCUGAUAAAGUAAUAUUAGUAUCUUUUGUGGAGUGUGUACCUUUGAGUAGUCGUGAAUUACAAGUAACACACAUUUGACAAAAGGGUUUUAUCAUAAUUUUGCUAACAGUAUUAUUGAGUUGUCAGCGAGAAUGUUGGGCAUUGGUUCGUUUUAAGGAGGAAUACUUGUGAGAACUUGCAUAGAGGUGCCACUUGCGGCCGCGCGCUGUUCCAAGCUAAAACUGAAUUAAAUGUCUACUUAAGCGGUAGUAAAAUGAAUUUUCUUUUGACUUUAGUAGGGCGCACAAAAUUAAAUAAUGCCGUGAACAAUUUAUAUAAAACUUAUCACACGCCUAUGUAGCAAUUUGAUUAAUGGCUUAAGUUUAUUUAUAUUUACAACAACGGUUCACGAUCACGGUUUCUUAAUUUAAUUUAUUAUUAUUAUUAGGUGCUCUAUAAUUAUACUGGCUCUAACAGCAUGGACCAGCGCAGCGGCGAGCACACGACAGAAUGUGUGAUUGACCACUAGCUAGCCAACAUUCCUUUGUGCUGCAUUCGUCAUUGUUUUGUCCUUAUACUUUUUUUUAUUAGUGGGAUAAAUUUAUGAAAAGUACCUGGUUUAAAAUUAGGAUGCUAGGUUGUAUUACAAAUUAUCAUUUAUGUCUGUUAUUUUAAAUAACUGUAUGACACUAUUUUGUUAAAUAAAUUUUAGGUAUUGAA